GGCGUCCUUUGGCCUUUUUUUGCUCAUUCUGUUGUCCUCUCCAGUGUAUACUUUAUACUCUCUCAUAAUCCCAUUCUCAAUUCCAUAUAUUCACCUAAAUUAUUCCCCACUCAAGCAAACUGGUCCACUCUCUAUCAUCCUUCAUCGAAUCCUUAGAAAAAAGGGAAUGUCUUUGGUACUGAGUCAAAUGGGUGUCCCCCCAAAUCAGAGUGGCUAUAAGCCCUGGGAAGAUCCUUCCUUUUUCAGGUGGAGAAAGAGAGACGCUCAUGUCCCACUCCGAUCCCAUCAAUCUGUUGAAAGGUCACUCAAGUACUGGGUUGAACGCAACAAUGUGGAUUUUCUUGCUGCGAAUUCUGCGGUAUGGGACGACAGGGCUGUUCUGGAGGCUCUUGAUUGUGCUGCCCGGUGGGUAGAAGGUUUGCCUUUUGUCAAGUCAUUGUCUGGGUAUUGGAAAUUUUCCCUGGCUCCCAGUCCUUCAAGUGUUCCUCCAGAAUUUUACGGUUGCUCUUUUCAGGACUCUGAAUGGAACAAGAUUCCAGUGCCUUCCAAUUGGCAGUGUCAUGGAUAUGACAGGCCAAUUUAUACAAACACUAAAUAUCCAUUUCAUUUUGAUCCACCCAAAGUUCCUGAUGAGAAUCCCACUGGCUGCUACAGGACUAUGUUCUUCCUUCCUAAAGAGUGGGAAGGGUGCAGGAUAUUUCUACAUUUUGAAGGUGUAGAUUCAGCCUUCUAUACAUGGGUAAAUGGGGUUCCCGUUGGAUAUAGCCAGGAUAGCAGACUGCCAGCUGAAUUUGAGAUAACCGAUUUUUGUCAACCAUGUGGAUCUGAUAACUGCAAUUGUCUAGCUGUUCAAGUAAUGCGGUGGAGUGAUGGUACAUACCUUGAAGAUCAAGACCACUGGUGGCUUUCUGGCAUUCACCGGGAUGUUCUUCUUCUAGCAAAGCCAAAGAUAUUUAUUGCUGAUUAUUAUUUUAAAUCAAAUUUGGCACAAGAUUAUUCUUAUGCAGAUAUAGAGGUUGAAGUGGAAAUUGAUAACUCACAUGAGCAUUUAACUCUUUCUGAGUUCACUGUUGAAGCUUCAAUAUAUGAAAAUGGAAGCUUGUACAAUAAAGAUGGAGGUGUCAUUAGUGAUCUGCUUUCUGCAGAUGCAACUCAUUUGCAGUUCAUUUCUAAGUUCGACAAUUGUUUGGGAUUUAAAGGGCAUUCACUAGUGGGAAAAUUACAAUCACCUGCGCUCUGGUCUGCAGAACAGCCCAAUUUGUAUACUCUUGUUAUCACUAUUAAAGAUGCUUCCGGACAUGUGGUUGACUGUGAAUCAUGUCAAGUUGGCAUUCGACAAAUAUCUAAAGCCCCAAAACAGCUCCUUGUUAAUGGGCAGCCAGUAGUUAUAAGAGGAGUAAACAGGCAUGAACACCAUCCAAGAAUUGGAAAGACUAACUUGGAAUCCUGUAUGGUUAAGGAUUUGGUUUUAAUGAAACAAAACAACAUUAAUGCUGUUAGAAACAGCCACUAUCCUCAACACCCGCGAUGGUAUGAGUUGUGUGAUCUGUUUGGCAUGUACAUGAUUGAUGAAGCCAAUAUUGAGACACAUGGGUAUAUGGAUCAGCCAAAACACAAGCACCCGGCUCUCCAAUCAUCUUGGGCUGCAUCUAUGAUGGAUCGUGUUGUGGGCAUGGUGGAGAGGGAUAAGAAUCAUGCUUGCAUUAUUGCAUGGUCCCUUGGGAACGAAUCAAGCUAUGGACCUAAUCAUGCUGCAAUGGCUGGAUGGGUACGAGAAAAGGAUCCAUCAAGAUUAGUACACUAUGAAGGUGGUGGGUCUAGGACGUCAUCUACAGACAUUGUCUGCCCAAUGUAUGCUCGUGUCUCGAAUAUAGUUGAGAUAGCCAAUGAUCCAACUGAGUACCGCCCAGUAAUACUAUGCGAAUAUUCACAUGCAAUGGGUAACAGCAAUGGGAAUCUCCAUGAAUACUGGGAAGCUAUUGAUAGUACAUUUGGUCUUCAAGGAGGCUUUAUUUGGGAUUGGGUUGAUCAGGCAAUGUUGAAGGAAGGCUCUAAUGGUAGUAAGCACUGGGCAUAUGGAGGGGAUUUUGGGGACAUACCUAAUGAUUUGAACUUUUGCUUGAAUGGUGUUGUAUUUCCAGACCGAACUCCUCACCCCGUACUCCAAGAGGUUAAGUUUGUCUACCGGCAAAUAAAGGUUGUAUCUGUUAACAAUGGCAUUUUUGAGAUUCAAAAUGGCAAUUUCUUUAUUACCACAAAAGACUUGGAGUUUGAAUGGUUACUUCACGGCGACGGGUGUGAGCUAGGUUCAGGUACUCUUGAUGUUCCUCCCAUUGUGCCUCAGGGUACCCAUAGAAUCCAAUGGGAGAACGGACCGUGGUAUUCACUUUGGUCUUCAUCCAGAGCUUCAGAGGUUUUCUUGACAAUUACUGCAAAGAUACUGCACUCUACUCGGUGGGAUGAUUCCGGUCACCUCAUUUCUUCGACACAAAUCCUCUUACCUGCCAAACUUGAACCCCUUCCUCAUGUAAUUAAAAGCAUGGAGUCUAGUCUAUCUGUUCACAACCUUGAGGAAACGAUAAAGCUUGGCGAUGAUGGCUCGUGGGAGAUUACCUUUAACAAAAAAUUGGGUGCGAUUGAGUGCUGGAAGGUUGAGGGUAUUUCGGUAAUGCAUAGAGGAAUGAUUCCAUGCUUUUGGAGAGCGCCUACCGAUAAUGACAAAGGAGGAGAGCAAAACAGUCAUUUAGCAAGGUGGAAGGAAGCAAAUCUUCACAGCCUGCAAUUUCAAGUUGAGAACUUCUUGGUUGAAAGUGAAACUGGGAGUGUGGCGAAAAUUCGAAUUACAUACAUUGGGAUUCCAUCCAGUGGUGAUCCGAAUGGUAUUAUAUCUGCAGCGUCAUGUUUUUUGUUCAGGGUUCACAUGAUUUACUCGAUAUAUGGUUCUGGAGAUGUUAUCCUGGAAUGCAGUGUAGAGCCAAAGAGUGAUCUUCCCCCUCUCCCGCGUGUUGGGGUUGAGUUCCAACUGGAGAAGUCCUUGGACCAGAUCACCUGGUUUGGUAGAGGGCCAUUCGAAUGCUACCCGGACCGUAAAUCUGCUGCCCGGGUGGGGAUUUACGAACAAAAUGUUGGGGAUAUGCACGUGCCUUAUAUUGUUCCCGGGGAAUGCUCGGGCAGGGCAGAUGUGAGAUGGGUAACCUUUAAAAGCAAGGGCGGCGUUGGGAUCUAUGCUUCUGUUUAUGGAGGCUCUCCUCCAAUGCAGAUGAAUGCUAGCUACUAUACCACUGCAGAACUUGACCGUGCCACUCGUCACGAGGAUCUUGUCAAAAGUGACUUCGUCGAGGUGCACCUGGACCAUAAGCACAUGGGAUUAGGAGGGGAUGAUAGCUGGUCACCAUGUGUUCAUGAUCAGUAUCUUCUUCCUCCUGUUCCAUACUCUUUCUGCCUCAGGUUUCACCCAAUCACUGCUGCAAUUUCUGGCACUGAUGUCUACAGAUCACAGCUCUGAAGCCAUUUUUUUCCAAUAGUUUCCAUGGACUAGAACAUG